UUCUUAUAACUCAUAAUCUCAUAAUUAAUUUUCACUUUUAAUUAAGUUCUUCGAGUCUUUCUUUCCUCUAAUUUCCUUUGCUUUCUCCGGCGUCGGAGUUUUGGAGUUUCGGCGGCACUGUGCCAACAAUUUCCUACUCUCACCAGUUCACUGCACGAUCCCCCCUGUUUUCUCCAUCCAAGUUCUCACUUCAGGGCGCCAAUCUUUAUCUCCCAAAACUACUCUCUCCAAUUCAGAAAUGGCAACUUCUUUACGCUUGUAUUUGACGUGCAUACGGAACACACUUGAGGCCGCCAUGUGCCUUCAGGAGAAACUUCAUAGACAUCCGGAAUAUCCUCCAAGUCACCAGUCUGAAUGUUAAGGGAGAGAGUGAAUUCUAAGUAUCUUUUGGUAUUUACCUUCACUUGGGAGUGAAUGAACUAUUCAGCUGUACAUGACCAGUUACGUUUGUAAUUUUCCUUGUCAAGAAGUUGAAAGACACAACAAGCCGGAAGUUGAACUAAAGACCAGCUCAGAACUUCUUCUCAAUCCUAUCUUAAUAUGUAGAAAUGAGUCAGAGAAGUGUUUGAUUGAGACAUCUAUAAACUCUCUCCGCAUCAGUCUCAAGGUUAAGCAGACAGACGAACUAGAGAAUAUCCUAACUAAAAAGUUCCUUCGAUUUCUGUCAAUGAGGGCAGAAGCUUUCCAGGUGUUGAGAAGAAAACCUGUACAGGGAUACGACAUUAGCUUUCUCAUAACGAACUAUCAUUGUGAGGACAUGCAGAAGCAAAAACUCAUUGAUUUUAUUGUACAGUUUAUGGAGGAUAUUGAUAAAGAGAUUAGUGAACUUAAAAUGUCCGUCAACACUCGAGGAAGGCUUGUAGCAACCGAGUUUCUAAAGCAAUUCAUAUGAUGUCUCUUUCUCCAUCUAAGGCCUUCAAAGAUUUUCAAACCUUUCGCGAGGAGCUUUGACGAGCGAGUGGGAGACCGACGAGAGUCUCGGUCAAUCCACCCUAUUAUUGUGAAUUUAUUAGAGAUUUUAGACUUUUCUGGUCGUCUAGAAUUAAGAUGUGUGUCCAUUGGAUAGGUUUAUUAAUUAUUUUGAUCAUUUUUUUGCUGUAAGUAUUUGCAACCUCUGGACUUUAAAUCUCUUUUGCUUCCUUAA